AUGUCCCUCGGCAUCACCACCUGCCUCUGGUUCGACACCCAGGCCGAAGAGGCCGCCAACUUCUACGUCGCCGUCUGGGCCCCCAACUCGCGCAUCGUCACCACGCAGUACUACUCCAAGGCCGGGCAGGACACCCACGGCCGCGAGCCCGGGUCCGUCCUCGUCGUCGAGUUCGAGCUCGGCGGGCGGCGCUUCGUCGCGCUCAACGGCGGCCCCUCCAAGUGGACCUUCAACGAGUCCGUCUCCUUCCAGGUCGACUGCGCCGACCAGGCCGAGGUGGACCACUACUGGGCCAAGCUCAGCGCCGACCCGGCGCGCGAGCAGUGCAGCUGGCUGGCCGACAAGUACGGCGUCUCGUGGCAGAUUGUGCCCAAGCGCAUGAAGGAGAUGCUGGGCGCCGAGGACCGCGCCGCGGCGGAUCGCGCCAUGGUGGCCAUGAUGGGGAUGAAGAAGCUGGAUGUUGCGGCAUUGGAGAAGGCGUUUUCGGGGGAGUGA